AUGAAUCCAGACAAGUUCACCCACAAGACGAACGAGGCGCUCGCCGGAGCUCACGAGCUAGCCGUCAACUCCGGCCACGCACAACUCACCCCCAUCCAUCUCGCGGCUGCUCUCAUCGCCGAUACCAACGGCAUCCUUCGCCAGGCCGUCUCCAACGCCGCCGGUGGCGACGACUCAUUUGCCGCAUCAUUCGAGCGAGUCGUUGGGCAGGCCCUGAAGAAGAUCCCUUCGCAGCACCCACCGCCGGAUGAGGUCCCGGCGUCCACUUCGCUCAUCAAGUGCAUUCGGCGCGCGCAGUCCUCGCAGAAAUCGUGUGGGGAUACGCACCUUGCCAUCGAUCAGGUGAUCCUUGGCCUUCUCGAAGACUCGCAGAUUGGAGAUUGCCUCAAGGAGGCUGGCGUAAGCUCGGCGAGGGUUAGGUCGGAGGUCGAGAAGCUGAGAGGCAAGGAAGGGAAGAAGGUCGAAAGCGCCUCGGGGGACACGAACUUCCAGGCGCUGAAAACGUACGGCCGCGAUUUGGUGGAACAGGCAGGCAAGCUAGACCCUGUCAUCGGGAGGGACGAAGAGAUCAGGCGCGUGAUCAGGAUCCUCUCCAGGAGGACGAAGAACAACCCAGUUCUGAUAGGAGAGCCCGGGGUUGGGAAGACGGCCGUUGUAGAAGGUCUUGCGCAGCGGAUUAUGAGAGGGGACGUGCCCAGCAAUCUUGAUGAUGUGAAACUGGUCGCCCUCGACAUGGGAGCUCUGGUAGCCGGAGCGAAGUACCGCGGAGAAUUCGAGGAAAGGCUGAAGGCGGUGCUCAAGGAGGUGGAGGAAGCCGACGGGAAGGUCAUCCUCUUCAUCGAUGAGAUCCACCUCGUCCUUGGCGCAGGUAUGGAAAAAACAGUACGUUAAGAAAACGGGGGAGGUUAUUGCCAAUGUUCCUUAGCGGAUCCAUAGAUGAUUCUCCAAUCUGUACUUCAGGCCGUACGGAGGGUUCCAUGGAUGCGGCGAACCUCUUCAAGCCGAUGCUUGCUCGCGGGCAGCUCCGAUGCAUCGGCGCAACGACGCUGGAAGAGUAUAGAAAGUAUGUGGAGAAGGAUGCCGCCUUCGAACGGCGGUUCCAGCAGGUAUACGUGGCGGAGCCCAGUGUGGCAGACACCAUCAGCAUCCUGCGAGGGCUCAAGGAGAAGUAUGAAGGGCAUCACGGUGUGAGAAUUCAGGACAGGGCACUUGUGGUGGCUGCCCAGCUCUCCAGCAGAUAUAUCACUGGUAAGGUCUCUUCCGAGCUAGUGGAUUGAGUUACCCUUUGGUGAUGCAAGAUUCUGGUUUUAUACAGAGAAUUAGUUGUAUAGGUCAUCGUUCCCAUUUCAUCACCUAUCAAUCGAGUGGAAAUUAACCGUUUGAACCGACUUUCGAUUUCGAUUUUUUUCCAUUUAAAUAAUCUCUUCUCUGAUUGCCAUUUUCAUUGAUUUCCCCUGUGAUAAAAUGACGAAAUGGUUAGUGUUCUUCCCGCGAGCAUGCAAUCUUGGAUUAUAUUAAUUUAGAGCUAUUCAACUUACGGACGACCUUCCCCUGGUUGUCCAGGGCGGCAUCUUCCCGACAAGGCCAUUGACUUGGUCGACGAAGCCUGUGCAAAUGUACGAGUACAACUCGAUAGCCAGCCGGAAGAGAUCGACAACCUCGAGAGGAAGAGGAUCCAGUUAGAAGUGGAGCUUCAUGCGCUCGAGAAAGAAAAGGAUAAAGCCAGCAAAGCCCGACUGCUUGAAGUGAGCCUCUUUCCUCAGAAUCGCAAUAUCAUAGCUAGUAACCUGGAAUCCCGAGGAAGAUAAACAGCCGAUGUCACCUUCAAUUUGCAGGUUAGAAGGGAACUAGACGAUCUGAGGGACAAGCUGCAGCCAUUAAUGAUGAAGUACAGGAAGGAGAAGGAGAGGAUCGACGAGAUCAGAAGGCUCAAGCAACGGCGCGAGGAGAUCAUGUACAGCCUGCAGGAGGCGGAGAGGAGGAUGGACCUCGCCCGAGUCGCUGAUCUGAAAUACGGUGCCCUCCAAGAUCUUGAUGUCGCCAUAGCCAACCUCGAAGGUACCACAAAUGAGAACUUGAUGUUGACCGAGACAGUCGGCCCAGAUCAAAUUUCAGAGGUACGCUCAUCUCUUAUCUUCUCCGAUCGUAUUUUCGCCCCGCUUAAAGACUCCCUAUUCGCUCUCUCGAUUCAGAUCGUCAUCCAGUCGUUGAAAUAAUGCAGGUCGUCGCCCGGUGGACUGGCAUUCCAGUCACGAGGUUAGGGCAGAACGAGAAGGAGCGUCUGAUCGGCCUUGCGGAGAGGUUGCACCAGAGGGUCGUCGGGCAGGAUCAGGCGGUCAAUGCCGUCGCGGAGGCGGUGCUGAGGUCUCGAGCUGGUCUAGGGCGUCCAGAGCAGCCGACCGGCUCCUUCCUCUUCUUGGGUCCCACGGGCGUGGGGAAGACGGAGCUGGCCAAAGCCCUCGCAGAGCAACUCUUUGACGACGAGAACCUCCUCGUCCGCAUAGACAUGUCCGAGUACAUGGAGCAACACUCUGUUUCUCGCUUGAUUGGCGCACCUCCUGGGUAAGUACUCUCUCUCUCUCUUUCUCUCCUUCUUCUCCGUCCUCUUCUCCAUGUGGAUGUCUGGUUCUGGUUCUUACUGAAAACUACUGGUUGGGUUCAGCUAUGUGGGGCACGAAGAAGGGGGGCAGCUGACGGAGGCGGUGAGGAGGAGACCCUACAGCGUCAUCCUCUUCGACGAGGUGGAGAAAGCCCACGUAUCUGUGUUCAACACCCUGCUCCAAGUCCUCGACGACGGCCGCCUCACCGACGGCCAGGGAAGGACAGUCAACUUCACCAACUCUGUCAUCAUCAUGACCUCCAACCUCGGAGCCGAGCACCUCCUCUCCGGCCUCGCCGGCAAAACCACCAUGGAAUCCGCCCGUAAUCGAGUCCUGCAGGAGGUAAAGAACCACCACCACCCAGCCCCUUGCCGGAAUAUUCCACCCGCCGGCGGAAUCUCUGCCACUCAAUCAAGAUCCUUCUCUUUUUCCAGGUGAGGAGACACUUCCGACCUGAGCUUCUCAACCGUCUCGACGAGAUCGUCGUCUUCGAUCCCCUCUCCCACGAGCAGCUGAAGAAGGUCGCAAGACUCCAGAUGAAGGACGUCGCCGCCCGCCUCGCCGACCGCGGCGUUGCCCUCGCCGUCUCCGACGCUGCCCUCGACAUCGUCCUGCAGGAAUCCUACGACCCGGUAAGCUAGAGAGAGAGAGAGAGAGAGAGGGAAUGGCAGGUUUUUUUCUUUUUCUUUUUUGGGUUCUGCUCUUGGGUGGUGACUGGUGUGAGGCAUUGCAGGUAUACGGGGCGAGGCCAAUCAGGAGGUGGCUGGAGAAGAGGGUGGUGACGGAGCUGUCGAGGAUGCUGAUAAGGGAGGAGAUCGACGAGAACACCACCGUGUUCAUCGACGCGGAGGCCGGGAAGCGGGAGUUGAUCUACAGGGUGGACAAGAACGGGGGCAUGGUGGACGCCGCCACCGGGCUCAAAUCCGACAUCUUGAUCCAGAUUCCCAACGGGACCAGAGGCGGCGCCGCCCAAACAGUCAAGAAGAUGAAGAUCUCCCCCGACGUGGACGACGACGACGACGACAUGGAGGACCUGUGA